AUGGCUAGAGCUGCCCUGCUCCCUGUUGCUUUGUUGUUGUGCCUUGCAUUGGCCUGUCGGGCUGAUGUGGUGAGGAAGACGGUUGGGGUCUAUGAACUCAAGAACAAGAAGGGAGAUUUCUCCAUCAGUGUAAGAAACCUGGGUGAUGUCGUCCUUGCGUAUGACAACCCUUGCAGAUUGCAGAGUCUUAUGGAUCUAAAAGAUGCUUCUAGCUAA